UCUAAGCACGCAUUAUUCCAGACCUCAGGGGCCUUGGUGGAUCCAAAAUGGCGGCUUAGCACAGAUCUGAAGACAAAAUCCCGAAACAUUUGUGAAUAUUUCUGCCCUAAAAAUCACUCCAGACAACAGUACAUAUCUUGUUUCGUACCAGGAGAAGUGUAAAACCACAUAACUAGAAGAUGGAUCCCGCAGAGAUGAUGACCAACUCCAACAUGAGAGUAGUGAAGGAGCCAAGAGGAUUCCUCAAGUUGUUGCAGUUUAUAUUUGCAAUCUUUGCGUUUGCCACUGCGAGUGGAGGUGGAAGCCAUUUCCAGUUCAGUGUGACUUGCAAUUCCAGCGAUCCCAAGAUGGUGGACAUAUAUUAUUCUUAUCCAUACAAACUAGAAGACGUCCCUGUGAUGAACGCCUUCUGCACCAACAAGACCCAGACUGUCUACCCAUUGGUCGGCAAUGAAAACUCCUCCGCGGAGUACUUCGUGACCAUCGGGGUCUUCGCCUUUCUGUACUCCCUGGUCGCGCUAACGAUCUACGUUUUCGUGGAGGGUCAAUUUGGUGACAAGAACCUGUGGUCUAAAGCAGACCUGUUCAUCACCACAGCGUUCGCCAUCUUCUGGUUCACCAGCUCCUCUGCGUGGGCUGCGGCCGUGGCCGACAUCAAGUGGUCGACGUACGCGCCCAACGUGUACACCCACGGCAGCAUCGUGCAGCUGUGUAAGAACCAGGGCACGGUCUGCACCGACGGAGGGCUCAACUCAUCCUACGCCAACCUUAACGUCUCCAUCCUCUUUGGAUUCCUGAACUUCAUCCUGUGGGCCGGUAACAUCUGGUUCACCUACAAGGAGACCCCGUGGCAUGCCCAGCGCAACGAGCCCGCCGAGAAAAAGUACCCCAGCCCCGCCCUGGGCACUCCCACCGGCAUGGAGGGGGGCACCCUGUCCUCCCCCACCGGACAGAUAUGAGGUGGACCGCUCCAGCCACACCCACUGCUUAGUUCCCCUUUCCACUGUAAACAGUGACCAAAUUGGAUUUUUUGUGAGCUUUGAUUUUAUAAUAAUUGGAAUAUGACCCACGAUACAAAUGUUUCAUUCCCAAGACAACAAAACAUACAAAUUUUAACAGUAAGAAAA